UUCACUUAUGAUUGGUUAAACUAUGAUGAAAAAAUGUGCAUAAUUUUAUUUUUAUUUUUAUUUUCUUUCUUCUUUAUUUUUAACUAUGACAGACACUUCUACAAACCAUUUUCAUCCUGAUGUUGAGCAGAAUACAAUGUAUGAAGAAAGAUUAAAAUCAAAGUCUAUUCGGUCUAUGCCAGUAGGAAAUGAACGAUUGGCUGCACUUAGGGAUUUAGGUGCUACUUUCACAGAAGGACAUCACAAGACAGCCAAAAUUGCCACGCCUUCUGGUAUACCCAAAUUACCUACCUUUGUUGAUGUAGGUCAAAUAGAGUAUCUACUUCAACAAAAGACCAAGACUCGAGGCGAACUGGGUCACUUUAAUGAUUGGCAUUAAAUAAACUCUUUUCUUUUUACCGUGAGAGUAAACGGGAUAAUA